GUGAACUCUGACCUUAGUUUUCCGCAGCGUCCCGCGUCUGCCGACCCCGCCCCCGGAGCGAAGGAGGCUGGCUUUGGCCUUUUGCCCUAGGGAGCGAGUGCGGAGCGAGUGGGAGUGAGACGGCCCUGAGUGGAAGUGUCUGGCUUCCCGUAGAGGCCCUGCUGUACGCCCCGCCGCCCAUGAGCUCGUUCUCCAGCGAACAGCGCCGUCGUUAGGCUGGCCCUGUAGCCUCGGCUUACCCCGGGACAGGCCCACGCCUCGCCGGGGAGGGGGCAGCCCGUCGAGGCGCCUCCCUAGUCAGCGUCGGCGUCGCGCUGCGACCCUGGAAGCGGGAGCCGCCGCGAGCGAGAGGAGGAGCUCCAGUGGCGGCGGCGGCGGCAGCGGGCAGCAGCUCCAGCAGCGCCAGCGGGAUCGAGGCCGUCAACAUGGCGAGCGCCUCCUACCACAUUUCCAAUUUGCUGGAAAAAAUGACAUCCAGCGACAAGGACUUUAGGUUUAUGGCUACAAAUGAUUUGAUGACGGAACUGCAGAAAGAUUCCAUCAAGUUGGAUGAUGAUAGUGAAAGGAAAGUAGUGAAAAUGAUUUUGAAGUUACUGGAAGAUAAAAAUGGAGAGGUACAGAAUUUAGCUGUCAAAUGUCUUGGCCCUUUAGUGAGUAAAGUGAAAGAAUACCAAGUAGAGACAAUUGUAGAUACCCUCUGCACUAACAUGCUUUCUGAUAAAGAACAACUUCGAGACAUUUCAAGUAUUGGUCUUAAAACAGUAAUUGGAGAACUUCCUCCAGCUUCCAGUGGCUCUGCAUUAGCUGCUAAUGUAUGUAAAAAGAUUACUGGACGUCUUACCAGUGCAAUAGCAAAACAGGAAGAUGUCUCUGUUCAGCUAGAAGCCUUGGAUAUUAUGGCUGAUAUGUUGAGCAGGCAAGGAGGACUUCUUGUUAAUUUCCAUCCUUCAAUUCUGACCUGUCUGCUUCCCCAGUUGACCAGCCCUAGACUUGCAGUGAGGAAAAGAACCAUUAUCGCUCUUGGCCAUCUGGUUAUGAGCUGUGGAAAUAUAGUUUUUGUAGAUCUUAUUGAACAUCUGUUGUCAGAGUUGUCCAAAAAUGAUUCUAUGUCAACAACAAGAACCUACAUACAAUGUAUUGCUGCUAUUAGUAGGCAAGCUGGUCAUAGAAUAGGUGAAUACCUUGAGAAGAUAAUUCCUUUGGUGGUAAAAUUUUGCAAUGUAGAUGAUGAUGAAUUGAGAGAGUACUGUAUUCAAGCCUUUGAAUCAUUUGUAAGAAGAUGUCCUAAGGAAGUAUAUCCUCAUGUUUCUACCAUUAUAAAUAUUUGUCUUAAAUAUCUUACCUAUGAUCCAAAUUAUAAUUAUGAUGAUGAAGACGAAGAUGAAAAUGCAAUGGAUGCUGAUGGUGGUGAUGACGAUGAUCAAGGGAGUGAUGAUGAAUACAGUGAUGAUGAUGACAUGAGUUGGAAAGUGAGACGUGCAGCUGCGAAGUGCUUGGAUGCUGUAGUUAGCACAAGGCAUGAAAUGCUUCCAGAAUUCUACAAGACCGUCUCUCCUGCACUAAUAUCCAGAUUUAAAGAGCGUGAAGAGAAUGUAAAGGCAGAUGUUUUUCAUGCAUACCUCUCUCUUUUGAAGCAAACUCGUCCUGUACAAAGUUGGCUGUGUGACCCUGAUGCAAUGGAACAGGGAGAAACACCUUUAACAAUGCUUCAGAGUCAGGUUCCCAACAUUGUUAAAGCUCUGCACAAACAGAUGAAAGAAAAAAGUGUGAAGACCCGACAGUGUUGUUUUAACAUGUUAACUGAGCUAGUAAAUGUAUUACCUGGAGCCCUAACACAACACAUUCCUGUACUUGUACCAGGAAUCAUUUUCUCACUGAAUGAUAAAUCAAGCUCAUCGAAUUUGAAGAUUGAUGCUUUGUCAUGUCUAUACGUAAUCCUCUGUAACCAUUCUCCUCAAGUCUUCCAUCCUCACGUUCAGGCUUUGGUUCCUCCAGUGGUGGCUUGUGUUGGAGACCCAUUUUACAAAAUUACAUCUGAAGCACUUCUUGUUACUCAACAGCUUGUCAAAGUAAUUCGUCCUUUAGAUCAGCCUUCCUCGUUUGAUGCAACUCCUUAUAUCAAAGAUCUAUUUACCUGUACCAUUAAGAGAUUAAAAGCAGCUGACAUUGAUCAGGAAGUCAAGGAAAGGGCUAUUUCCUGUAUGGGACAAAUUAUUUGCAACCUUGGAGACAAUUUGGGUUCUGACUUGCCUAAUACACUUCAAAUUUUCUUGGAGAGACUAAAGAAUGAAAUUACCAGGUUAACUACAGUAAAGGCAUUGACACUGAUUGCUGGGUCACCUUUGAAGAUAGAUUUGAGGCCUGUUCUGGGAGAAGGGGUUCCUAUCCUUGCUUCAUUUCUUAGAAAAAACCAGAGAGCUUUGAAACUGGGUACUCUUUCUGCCCUUGAUAUUCUAAUAAAAAACUAUAGUGACAGCUUGACAGCUGCCAUGAUUGAUGCAGUUCUAGAUGAGCUCCCACCUCUUAUCAGCGAAAGUGAUAUGCAUGUUUCACAAAUGGCUAUCAGUUUUCUUACCACUUUGGCAAAAGUGUAUCCCUCCUCCCUUUCAAAGAUAAGUGGAUCCAUUCUCAAUGAACUUAUUGGACUUGUGAGAUCACCCUUAUUGCAGGGGGGAGCUCUUAGUGCCAUGCUAGACUUUUUCCAAGCUCUGGUUGUCACUGGAACAAAUAAUUUAGGAUACAUGGAUUUGUUGCGCAUGCUGACUGGUCCAGUUUACUCUCAGAGCACAGCUCUUACUCAUAAGCAGUCUUAUUAUUCCAUUGCCAAAUGUGUAGCUGCCCUUACUCGAGCAUGCCCUAAAGAGGGACCAGCUGUAGUAGGUCAGUUUAUUCAAGAUGUCAAGAACUCAAGGUCAACAGAUUCCAUUCGUCUCUUAGCUCUACUUUCUCUUGGAGAAGUUGGGCAUCAUAUUGACUUAAGUGGACAGUUGGAACUAAAAUCUGUAAUACUAGAAGCUUUCUCAUCUCCUAGUGAAGAAGUCAAAUCAGCUGCAUCCUAUGCAUUAGGCAGCAUUAGUGUGGGCAACCUUCCUGAAUAUCUGCCAUUUGUCCUACAAGAAAUAACCAGUCAGCCCAAAAGGCAGUAUCUUUUACUUCAUUCCUUGAAGGAAAUUAUUAGCUCUGCAUCAGUGGUGGGCCUUAAACCAUAUGUUGAAAACAUCUGGGCCUUAUUACUAAAGCACUGUGAGUGUGCAGAGGAAGGAACCAGAAAUGUUGUUGCUGAAUGUCUGGGAAAACUCACUCUAAUUGAUCCAGAAACUCUCCUUCCACGGCUUAAGGGGUACUUGAUAUCAGGCUCAUCAUAUGCCCGAAGCUCAGUGGUUACAGCUGUGAAAUUUACAAUUUCUGACCAUCCACAACCUAUUGAUCCACUGUUAAAGAACUGCAUAGGUGAUUUCUUAAAAACUUUGGAAGACCCGGAUUUGAAUGUGAGAAGAGUGGCCUUGGUCACGUUUAAUUCAGCAGCACAUAACAAGCCAUCAUUAAUAAGGGACCUGUUGGAUACUGUUCUUCCACAUCUUUACAAUGAAACGAAAGUUAGAAAGGAGCUUAUAAGAGAGGUAGAAAUGGGUCCCUUUAAACAUACAGUUGAUGAUGGUCUGGAUAUUAGAAAGGCAGCUUUUGAGUGUAUGUACACACUUCUAGACAGUUGUCUUGAUAGACUUGAUAUCUUUGAAUUUCUAAAUCAUGUUGAAGAUGGUUUGAAGGACCAUUAUGAUAUUAAGAUGCUGACAUUUUUAAUGUUGGUGAGACUGUCUACCCUUUGUCCAAGUGCAGUACUGCAGAGGUUGGACCGACUUGUUGAGCCAUUACGUGCAACAUGUACAACUAAGGUAAAGGCAAACUCAGUAAAGCAGGAAUUUGAAAAACAAGAUGAAUUAAAGCGAUCUGCCAUGAGAGCAGUAGCAGCACUGCUAACCAUUCCAGAAGCAGAGAAGAGUCCACUGAUGAGUGAAUUCCAGUCACAGAUCAGUUCUAACCCUGAGCUGGCGGCUAUCUUUGAAAGUAUCCAGAAAGAUUCAUCAUCUACCAACUUGGAAUCAAUGGACACUAGUUAGAUGUUUGUUCACCAUGGGGACCAUUACAGAUGACCAUACAAUGCACUGAAUUGACAGGUUAAUCAUAAGACAUGGAAAGAGAAGUGUCUAAAACCUUCAAAAUGUUCCACUUUUUUUUCCUUCGUGGAGACUGUUUGUUUGGCUUUCUUCCAUUGUUGUUUUUGUAGCAUUUAUUUCAGAAAUGUGUAUUUCCAUAAUCCAGAGGUUGUAAAACCACUAGUGUUUUAGUGGUUACAGCAACAUUUGAAAUGGAAACUAAAAGUUAGGAUUUUAUGGAGUAUGGAGAUAAGGUCCGUAUCUAUUUACCCUGUAAUGUUUAGGAUUAAAAUGUUGAAAUUUUGUGACCAUGAAUUUCUUUCUUUUAUAAAUUUUCUCGUUUAAAAAUCAAAAAUCUUGCAAAACAAAAACCAUGUUUCUUUUUCUUGUACAACUUUUUGUUUUCCGCAACAUAAAUUGAUUUUUAGCUGGCAGACAAGAAUAUCCAUAUAAGAUUUGUUACCAUUUCAGAGGGUUUGGCAAUUUUUAAAAGAUAAUAAGGUAUCAUUUUAAAGUAUGAAAAUUAACAAUAUCCCUGUUGCGCACACUAAUUUUGCAUGAGCAAGUUUACAAAUAUGUAUUGUCUGUAAAGCAGCAUGUGCAGAUUAUUCAUAAUAUAGAAGUUAAAAUAAGUAUUAUUAGUGCAAUUUUCAGAUAUUUAUUUUUGCACAGAAAACACAUUAUCUGGAGAGAAAGAAAGGAGAAUUUUCGAGACUUUGGUUUUCUUAAUGCCAGUGUGAAUUUGCAGAUGUUUUCAGCAAAUCAAGUCACAAUAACAAUUUGCCACUUUUUUCUAUUAUAAAUCUUCUUACUUAAAUUUUGAAUAUUUUAAGUGCUCAGUUUUUCUCAGUUACCCAUUUGUGUGCGUGUGUUUCCACUUAGAAAUUCUUAAAACCAGAUUUUUCUUUCAUUCCCUUUGGAUGUCUACAUUCCUUAUCAAAGGAUAUAAAUACUGUGUAUGCUUUUGAAUUUUAUUUUUAGGAAAAUUCUGAAGCCAGCUAUCACAGCUUUGUUAGCUAAUAAUAGUAUUUUCUUUUAGUUGAGUUAGGUUUUUCCCCAUCUCCUGUAGAGCUAAUUUACAUAUUGUAUUUGCUAAGUGUUAACUACUUUUCCUGAUUAAGGGAUCUGUGCUGGGGAACAAAGCUUUUGCAGUACCUUAUAUUGUAGUUAAAAUUUUAUUUAACAUAUCCUUCAGUGAGCUCAUUUCACACUGUAGCCUCUUCCUUCAAAUUUGUGGUGCUCCUGUAACAGUAAGAACUAAUUCUGAAAUAAAAGACAUCUCCUAAUGCUGUGCAAACAUAGUUUACAUGUAUUGAAGGAGGCAGUUGUUAAAUUGAGUGACCAAUUUUAAGCAAUCAGAUAUUUGAAAACUGCACCCUUUAUUUUUGAAACUGUGAAUUAGAAACACUUCCUGCUGUAUUACUACCUGCUUUAACAUCCAAAUAUACAGUGAUUUUAAAUGAUAACAUACUGUGGUUAUUAGAUUAACAGCUUGAUUUUGAAUGUUCAGAUGAUAAUGCAGAAGACAUCACUACUAGUAAGGAUUUUGACUAGUGCAUUGAUGUUGAAGUUAGUGCCAUUUCAAAAUGUGGCAGGUGAUAAUCUUAUACCAUAAUUUGCAUAAAACUGUAAUAGAAGUUUAUUUUGAGAUGUUAGUAUAUUAUGUACUAUGCAUUUCUGUGGUAUAGAUGUUGUGGAUAUAUUUAAGUAUUUGGUUACAUGGUUUCACAAUAAAUUACAAUACUGCAGGCUCUAGGACUGAA